AUGACAUGGAACCGCAGGAAUCAUGAGGAGGCGCAUGUGCACUCGAACACGAGGGAGAUCAGACUACUCAAUGAAGAGAUAUCGCGCGUUUUCGUCGAGAAACGAGACUUGGAGCAAAGGAUUCGCGAACUGGCAAGGGAAAGGACUUGCCCUCCACACAAAUUCGAGGCGGGCCAGAUCCGCAGCGAACAGGAAAUGGCGAUGCCGUGCAUCUUCUGUGGAGCAGUCGGUGUCCACUACUCCGAUGUUUGCGAGGUCAACCGGGAUAUUCGACAGAGAUGGCGCAUCGUACGCGAAACCGAGCGAUGCAGGCUGUGCCUCAGGAGGCGAUGUAUGGGAGGGGUGAGAUGCGACAAGAAGAAAACAAGAUGCCGACACUGUGGUGAGCUCGGCCAUCAUCCAUCCCUGUGUUUUUUGCCGCAGAGAAGUGAGGAAACCCAGGAAGAACUGCAGGCGUUGGAACGUCUGCAACAGAAUGUGCAGCAGCUCAAUUUAUUGAGAAGACGAUUAUUCCUUUUGAAAAAUGAAUAG